UACAUUCACCAUGCCUCUUAACACAGGAGUCAUAUUCUUCACUGUUCUUCUUACAGACUAUUAUGAAGACAGACACUGCUCACAGGCGUGAAGGCCUGUCAUCACUAUGGAAUAUAUCACGGCAUUUUGUGUCUUUCUCAGUCGUGCCGCUAGAUGUCGCAUGAUCGCCAACCGAUAUGCUGUCUGGAGUGUGCUACACUAUAACAAAAUACUCUUUGGUGCCGACCCUGUAAAAUACUCUCUGUUUGCACUAUAGUAUAGUGACUAUACUCACUGUAUACCUCCUCACGUGUGACUCCUGUUUCUACGGUCUGUCUUUGUACCGAUUUAGAACAUGAAGAUUUCAAUGCAAUUAUUUUCCUUUGUAAGGAACAUAAAUUAGAUAUAACUCGAUGAAAGUUGAAAAGAACAAAUAAAGUGUUCACAAAAGCAUUAAAUUUACAAUGGGUGAAGUACGUGAUCGAAGGCUCGGAGAACCGGUGAAAUCCUUGGAAGAAAAAUGGAAAUUGGUACCAGCAUUCUUGAAAACAAAGGGUUUGGUGAAACAACAUAUUGAUUCUUACAAUUACUUUAUAAAUGUGGAAAUUAAGUCAAUUGUUGAAGCCAAUGACAAGGUACUCAGUGAUGCAGAUCCAAUAUUUUGCUUAAGGUAUUUAAAUAUAAAAGUUGGCAAGCCAGAUGUAGAGGAAGGUUUUAACAUGUCAAAGAAUGUGACACCUCAUGAAUGUCGCUUAAGGGACUUGACUUACUCAGCUCCUAUUACUGUUGAUAUUGAGUAUACUAGAGGAAAUCAGAAAGUUAUCAGAAAUGAUCUACUUAUUGGAAGAAUGCCUAUUAUGCUUCGAAGUUCCAAUUGUGUAUUGACUGGGAGAAGUUUCUCUGAAUUGGCGAAAAUGAAUGAAUGUCCUCAUGACCCAGGUGGUUACUUCGUAGUAAAAGGUCAAGAAAAGAUGAGCCGAAAUAGGAUAAUUGUUGAAGAAGAUAGUAAAGGAAAUAUACAGUGUCAAGUUACUAGCAGCACUCAAGAAAAAAAGUCUCGAACAAAUGUUGUUGUUAAGAAUGGAAAAUUCUACUUGAGGCACAACACUCUUACAGAUGAAAUUUUUCAAAUGGUGGGUGUAGAACAAACUGUAGUUGAAAAAUUUCUGGCUUCUGUUGAAGAAUGCCACAGACUGAACAUAUUUACACCUAACCAAGCUCUCAGCUACAUUGGAUCUAAAACAAAACAAAAGAAGUUUGGAGGAGGAGAAAAAAAGACACCUGUUGAUGAAGCAAGAGAUCUACUUGCCACCACUGUAUUAGCUCAUGUUCCUGUGGAAAAAUUCAACUUCAAAGUAAAAGUAACUUAUUUGGCAUUAAUGAUACGCCGCACAAUCCAAGCUCAAAUUAAUGGCAAAAUUAUUGAUGAUCGUGAUUAUUAUGGAAAUAAACGCUUGGAACUUGCCGGUUCACUUCUUAGUCUUAUGUUUGAAGAUCUAUUUAAGAGAUUUAAUUGGGAGCUGAAGAUUAUUGCGGACAAGAACAUUCCGAAAGUUAAAGCAGCACAAUUUGACAUUGUGAAGCAUAUGCGUCAAGACCUCAUAACAAAUGGAUUGGUGAAUGCAAUAUCUACAGGGAAUUGGACAAUAAAAAGGUUUAAAAUGGAAAGACAGGGUGUGACUCAAGUGCUUUCUCGUUUAUCUUACAUUUCUGCAUUGGGAAUGAUGACUAGAGUUAAUUCCCAAUUUGAGAAAACAAGAAAGGUAUCUGGCCCAAGGUCACUUCAACCAUCACAGUGGGGAAUGAUGUGUCCUUCUGAUACCCCUGAAGGAGAGGCGUGUGGCUUGGUAAAGAAUUUGGCCCUUAUGACUCACAUAACAACAGAGGUAAAAGAACCUGCAAUUGCUCAAUUAGCAUACAAUGCAGGAGUUGAAGAUAUUGCAUUACUUGGAGGAGAAGAAAUAUCCAGUCCAGAUACAUAUCUUGUAUUCCUUAAUGGUAAUAUUCUGGGAGUCAUCCGAGAAUAUAAACGCCUUCUUUGGGUGAUUCGUACAAUGAGAAGGCGGGGCUUAAUUAAUGGCUUUAUAUCAAUCUACCCCAAUCAUAUUCACAGAUGUAUUUAUAUUAGUUCUGAUGGAGGUCGCCUUUGCAGACCUUACAUUAUAGUGGAAAACGGGCGACCUCUUGUUACCCAGAAACAUAUUAAUCAACUGAUUAAGGGGGUGAGAAGUUUUGAAGAUUUUCUUUGUGAAGGGUUGAUUGAGUACUUAGAUGUGAAUGAAGAAAAUGACAGCUACAUAGCCGUGUCGGAAAGCAAUAUUGAAGAAAAAUAUACCACUCAUCUGGAGAUAGAACCCUUUACUCUUUUGGGAGUAUGUGCUGGUUUGGUUCCGUACCCUCAUCGCAAUCAAAGCCCUCGAAACACUUAUCAGUGUGCUAUGGGCAAACAAGCUAUGGGCACAAUUGGAUAUAACCAACGUAAUCGUAUAGAUACACUAAUGUAUAACAUUGUGUACCCUCAAAUACCUAUGGUGAAGACUCGAACAAUUGAACUGAUUAACUUUGAUAAGUUACCAGCUGGACAGAAUGCAACAAUUGCUGUAAUGAGUUACAGUUAUGGUCGCUGUUUGGUGUAUCGAAAUGCCAAAUGUACAUUAAAACGUUAUGCCAACAGAUCCUUUGAUAGAAUUUUAGGUCCACUUAUGGAUGCUGCAACAGGAAAAAUUAUAUUCAAACAUGAUAUUUUAGAUAAAGAUGGCAUUUGUUCACCUGGAGAGAAGGUUGAAAACAGACAGGUUCUUGUAAACAAAUCAAUGCCAUCAUUGACUCAAAAUCCUGUGAAUAACAUGGAAUCACAACCUGAAUAUAUAGAAGUGCCAGUACAGUAUAAAGGACCAGUACCAUCAUACAUUGAAAGAGUUAUGAUAUCGUCAGAUAGUGAAAAUUCAAAUUUGAUCAAAAUACUUCUGAGACAAACGAGACGUCCUGAAAUAGGUGACAAAUUCAGUAGUCGCCAUGGACAAAAAGGUGUUACUGAUAUGAUUAUGAAUCCCCAUGGUUUUCCAUCAAGAAUGACUGUCGGAAAACUAUUGGAGCUACUUGCUGGAAAAGCAGGAGUUUUGGAUGGAAAAUUUCAUUAUGGAACAGCAUUUGGUGGUUCUCGAGUUGAAGAAGUUUGUGAUGAGCUUAUUAAACAUGGCUACAAUUACCAAGGCAAAGAUUAUUUCUAUUCUGGAACCACAGGAGAGUCAUAUUUGGCAUACAUUUAUUCUGGACCAGUAUAUUACCAGAAGUUGAAACACAUGGUUCAAGAUAAAAUGCAUGCUAGAUCUCGUGGACCAAGAGCUGUUCUAACUCGACAGCCAACUGAAGGGCGGAGUCGAGAAGGAGGGUUACGUUUGGGAGAAAUGGAACGUGAUUGUCUUAUUGGCUAUGGAGCAAGGUGUCACAGUUGUCAGUCCAGUGCAGCGGUAUCAUCUAUAGAAAUACCAUAUGCAUGCAAGCUUCUUUUCCAAGAAUUGCAGAGCAUGAACAUUGUUCCACGUUUGACCUUAAAGAACUACUGUGAUUAACAUAAGUAAAUAUGAAUGUAAUUACAUUGUUAAUAUGUAUAUAAGUUAAUUAUAUUUGUUUUUGAAGAAAGAUCA